AUCCUGUGCCCCUUCACGGGCAUCCAGCAGACUUUCCCCUGCAGCAACUGGCUGGAUGAGAAGAAGGCAGACGGGCUGAUUGAGAGGCAGCUCUAUGAGAUGGUCUCUCUGAGGAAGAAGCGGCUGAAAAAAUAUCCUUGGUCCCUUUGGGUCUGGACAACUGAUCUGAAGAAAGCCGGCACCAACUCGCCCAUCUUCAUCCAGAUUUAUGGGAAGAAGGGGCGGACAGAUGAGAUUCUUCUGAAUCCCAACAACAAGUGGUUCAAGCCAGGCAUCAUUGAGAAGUUCAGGAUGGAGCUCCCAGAUCUCGGCAGGUUCUAUAAGAUUCGGGCGUGGCAUGAUAGGCAGAACCCUGGCUCUGGGUGGCAUUUAGAAAAGAUGACUCUGAUGAAUACCAUCAAUAAGGACAAAUAUAACUUCAACUGCAAUCGCUGGCUGGAUGCCAAUGAGGAUGACAAUGAGAUCGUGAGGGAGAUGACCGCAGAAGGCCCAACUGUGCGGAGGAUCAUGGGAAUGGCCCGGUAUCGUGUGACUGUAUGCACAGGGGAACUUGAAGGUGCAGGAACAGAUGCCAAUGUCUACCUCUGCCUUUUUGGUGAUGUGGGGGACACAGGGGAACGGCUGCUUUACAACUGCAGGAAUAACACCGACCUGUUUGAGAAAGGCAAUGCCGACGAGUUUACCAUUGAGUCUGUCACUAUGAGGAAGGUGAAGAGGGUGAGGGUCAGACAUGACGGCAAGGGCUCUGGCAGUGGCUGGUACCUGGACAGGGUGCUGGUGAGAGAAGAGGGACAGCCUGAGAGUGACAACGUGGAGUUCCCCUGCCUCAGGUGGCUGGACAAAGACAAGGAUGAUGGACAGCUGGUCCGAGAGUUGCUGCCUAGUGACAGCAAUGCCACGCUCAAGAAUUUCCGUUAUCACAUCAGCGUGAAGACCGGGGAUGUCUCUGGGGCCAGCACAGACUCUCGGGUGUACAUCAAGCUCUAUGGAGAGAAGUCCGACACUAUCAAGCAGGUCCUUCUUGUUUCUGACAACAACCUCAAAGACUACUUUGAACGCGGCCGGGUAGAUGAGUUUACUCUGGAGACCCUGAACAUUGGAACCAUCAACAGGCUGGUGAUUGGGCACGACAGCACGGGCAUGCAUGCAGGCUGGUUCCUGGGCAGCGUCCAGAUCCGUGUGCCCCGCCAAGGCAAGCAGUACACCUUCCCCGCUAACCGGUGGCUGGAUAAGAACCAGGCUGAUGGGCGUCUGGAGGUGGAGCUUUAUCCCAGCGAAGUGAUGGAGAUCCAGAAAUUGGUCCACUACGAGAUUGAGAUUUGGACGGGAGAUGUGGGUGGCGCCGGCACCACUUCCCGAGUCUUCGUGCAGAUCUAUGGGGAAGAAGGCAAGACCGAAGUCCUUUUCCUCUCCAGCCGCUCCAAAGUGUUUGAUCGGGGCUCCAAGGACAUAUUCCAGCUGGAAGCGGUGGACGUGGGUGAGAUCUACAAGAUCCGACUGGGACACACAGGCGAGGGCUUUGGGCCCAGCUGGUUUGUGGACACAGUGUGGCUGCGGCACCUGGUGGUGCAGGAGGAGAACCUGACCCCGGAGGAGGAGGCCCGGAAGAAGAAGGAGAAGGACAAGCUGCGGCAGCUGCUGAAGAAGGAGAGGCUGAAGGCUAAGCUGCAGAGAAAGAAGAAGAAAAAGAAGAAAGGCAGUGAUGAGGAGGAGGAGGGGGAGGAGGAAGAAGAGUCCUCCGAGGAGGAGUCCUCAUCCGAGGAGGAGGAGGAGGAGGAGUCAGAGGAGGAGGAGGAGGAAGAGGAGUAUGGGCCAGGGAUGCAGGAGGUGAUUGUGCAGUACAAGUUCGAUGCUAACCGCUGGCUGGCCCGGGGCAAGGAAGACAAUGAACUUGUCGUGGAAUUGGUUCCAGCUGGCCAGUCUGGUCCUGAGCCCAAUACCUAUGAGGUCCAGGUGAUCACAGGGAACGUGCCCAAGGCUGGCACCGAUGCCAACGUCUACCUGACCAUCUACGGUGAGGAGUACGGGGAUACAGGGGAGCGGCCCCUGAAGAAAUCAGACAAGUCCAACAAGUUUGAGCAGGGCCAGACAGAUACCUUCACCAUCUAUGCCAUUGACCUGGGGGCUCUUACCAAGAUUCGGAUCCGCCAUGAUAACACGGGCAACAGGCCAGGCUGGUUCCUGGACAGAGUAGACAUCACCGACAUGAAUAACGAGACCACGUACUACUUCCCAUGCCAGCGCUGGCUAGCAGUUGAGGAGGAUGACGGCCAGCUGACCAGGGAGUUGCUGCCAGUGGACGAGUCCUACGUGCUGCCCAGUGAAGACGAGGAAGGCGGAGGGCAGGGUGACAAUAACCCCCUUGACAACCUGGCUCUGGAACAAAAAGAUAAAUCAACUACAUUUUCUGUGACCAUAAAGACUGGGGACAAGAAGAAUGCAGGCACAGAUGCCAACGUCUUCAUCACGCUCUUUGGCACCCAAGAUAACAACGGAAUGACCCUUCUGAAGUCCUCCAAGACCAACAGUGACAAAUUUGAAAGAGACAGCAUUGAAAUCUUCACAGUGGAGACGCUGGAUCUGGGAGACCUUUGGAAAGUUAGGAUCGGCCAUGACAACACAGGCAAGGCCCCAGGCUGGUUUGUAGACUGGGUAGAGGUGGAUGCCCCAUCGCUUGGGAAGUGCAUGACCUUUCCCUGUGGCCGCUGGCUGGCAAAGAAUGAGGACGACGGCAGCAUCGUCAGGGACCUCUUCCACGCAGAGCUUCAGACAAGGCUUUACACACCAUUUGUCCCUUAUGAGAUCACCCUUUACACCAGUGAUGUCUUCGCUGCUGGGACGGAUGCCAACAUCUUCAUAGUCAUCUACGGCUGUGAUGCCGUGUGCACCCGGCAGAAGUUCCUGUGCACCAACAAGAGGGAGCAGAAGCUGUUCUUCGAGAGGAAGUCGGCUUCCCGCUUCAUUGUGGAGUUAGAAGAUGUGGGUGAGAUCAUAGAAAAAAUUCGGAUUGGCCAUGACAACACAGGCAUAAACCCUGGGUGGCACUGCUCCCACGUGGACAUCCGCAGGCUCCUCCCUGAGAAAGACGGCACAGAAACCUUGACUUUCCCCUGUGAUCGAUGGCUUGCCACCUCUGAGGAUGACAAGAAGACCAUCCGAGAACUGGUCCCUUACGACAUCUUCACUGAGAAGUAUAUGAAAGAUGGAUCCUUAAGACAAGUCUACAAGGAAGUGGAGGAGCCUCUGGACAUUGUGCUGUACUCGGUGCAGAUCUUCACAGGGAAUGUUCCUGGGGCAGGGACGGAUGCCAAGGUCUACAUCACCAUCUACGGAGACCUUGGGGACACGGGGGAGCGGUACCUUGGCAAGUCAGAGAAUCGCACCAACAAGUUUGAGAAAGGAACGGCUGACACCUUCAUCAUUGAGGCCGCUGACCUGGGUGUCAUCUACAAGAUCAAGCUCCGCCAUGACAACACCAAAUGGUGUGCCGACUGGUAUGUGGAGAAGGUGGAGAUCUGGAAUGACACCAAUGAGGACGAGUUUCUCUUCCUGUGUGGGCGCUGGCUGUCCCUGAAGAAGGAGGAUGGGCGGCUGGAGAGGCUCUUCUAUGAGAAGGAGUACACUGGAGACCGCAGUAGCAACUGCAGUAGCCCUGCUGACUUCUGGGAGAUCGCCCUGAGUUCCAAGAUGGCAGAUGUGGACAUCGACACAGUGACAGGACCCAUGGUUGACUAUGUUCAGGAUGGCCCUGUGAUUCCUUACUAUGUGUCAGUGACCACCGGGAAACACAAGGAGGCAGCCACUGAUAGCCGUGCCUUUGUCUUGCUCAUUGGUGAAGAUGAUGAACGCACCAACCGAAUCUGGCUGGACUAUCCCCAGGGGAAGCGAGGCUUCAGCUGUGGCUCUGUGGAGGAGUUCUAUGUUGGUGGCUUGGAUGUGGGCAUCAUCAAGAAAAUAGAGGUGCUUUAUGAAAUGACGGUAUGGACUGGUGAUGUGGUCGGUGGAGGUACUGACUCCAAUAUCUUCAUGACCCUCUAUGGCAUCAACGGGAGCACGGAAGAGGUGCAGCUGGACAAGAAGAAGGCCAGGUUUGAGCGGGAACAAAAUGACACCUUCAUCAUGGAGAUCCUGGACAUCGCCCCCUUCACCAAGAUGCGCAUUCGCAUUGAUGGGAUGGGUAGUCGGCCAGAGUGGUUCCUGGAGAGGAUCCUGCUGAAGAACAUGAACACAGGAGACCUAACUAUGUUCUACUAUGGAGACUGGCUGUCCCAAAAGAAGGGAAAGAAGACGCUGGUGUGUGAAAUAUGUGCAGUCAUUGAUGGAGAGGAGAUGAUGGAGUGGACAUCCUACACAGUCUCGGUGAAGACCAGUGACAUCUUGGGGGCAGGCACGGAUGCUAAUGUGUUCAUCAUCAUCUUUGGGGAAAAUGGAGACAGCGGGACCCUAGCCCUGAAGCAGUCAGCCAACUGGAACAAGUUUGAGAGGAACAACACAGACACCUUCAACUUUUCCGACAUGCUGAGCCUGGGCCACCUCUGCAAACUGAGGGUCUGGCAUGACAACAAAGGGAUAUUUCCUGGGUGGCACCUGAGCUACGUUGAUGUGAAGGACAACUCCCGUGAUGAGACCUUCCGCUUCCAGUGUGACUGCUGGCUGUCCAAGAGCGAGGGUGACAGACAAACGCUCCGAGACUUCGCAUGUGCCAACAACGAGAUCCGUGAUGAGCUGGAAGAGACCACCUACGAGAUUGUCAUAGAAACAGGCAACGGGGGCGAAACCAGAGAGAACGUCUGGCUCAUACUGGAGGGCAGGAAGAACAGAUCCAAGGAGUUCCUUGUGGAAAAUUCUUCCAGACAGAGGGCCUUUCGGAAGGGGACCACAGACACCUUUGAGUUUGACAGCAUCUUCUUGGGAGACAUUGCUUCCCUCUGUGUGGGCCACCUGGCCAGGGAGGACCGUUUCAUCCCCAAGAGAGAGCUAGUCUGGCACGUCAAGACGAUCACCAUCACCGAGAUGGAGUAUGGCAAUGUGUACUUCUUUAACUGUGACUGCCUCAUCCCCCUCAAGAGGAAGAGGAAGUACUUCAAAGUAUUUGAGGUUACGAAAACGACAGAGAGCUUCGCCAGUAAGAUCCAGAGCCUGGUGCCCGUCAAGUACGAGGUCAUCGUGACGACAGGUUACGAGCCAGGGGCGGGUACUGAUGCCAACGUCUUUGUGACCAUCUUUGGCGCUAAUGGGGACACGGGCAAGCGCGAACUGAAACAGAAAAUGCGCAACCUCUUCGAGAGGGGCAGUACAGACCGCUUCUUUCUGGAGACGUUAGAGUUGGGAGAGCUGCGCAAGUGGUGCCCAGGUUGGGACUUGCUGCAGGGUGUGGAUGGAAAAUUGGGGCUUCACUCAGGGGAGACAAGUGGAGAAGGGGAGGUUAUCAAGAUGGUAUAUUUUAAGCAAAAACUAAUUAACACUUUUUCCGAAAAAAGCUGGGCUAAUUAAAUUAUUACAAACCACACCCCUCAGAGAACUCAUCUGAGUACCUAUGUGCUAAGACAUGUAUGGUGUGGGUUUGCUUUUCCCAGUUCCAAAAAACCCAGGAUCAAAUG